AUGUCCAGGCAGUCGACCGUCACCUUCCACACUGGCAGCCGUCGGGGCUUCAGCGCGGCCUCAGCCACCACCCCCGCCCAUGGACGAUCCAGAUUCAGCUCCGUCUCCAUGGUCCGGCCCGCGGGGGCCGGUGGAGGACUGGGGAGGGUCAGCGGGCACGGCGCUGCCUUUGGAAGCCGCAGCCUCUACAACCUGGGGGGCACCAAGCGGGUUUCCGUGGGUGGGUGUGGAAGCAGCUUCCGGAGUGGCUUUGGCGGUAGGGUGGGCAGCGGGUUUGGGGUCAGCAGUGGGUUUGGGUGUGGUGGUGGGGGCUUUGGCAGCCCUGGCUUCCCCGCCUGCCCCUCUGGGGGCAUCCAAGAGGUGACCGUCAACCAGAGCCUCCUGACGCCCCUCAACCUGCAAAUCGACCCCACCAUCCAGCGCGUGCGGAAGGAGGAGAAGGAGCAGAUCAAGACCCUCAACAACAAGUUCGCCUCCUUCAUCGACAAGGUGCGCUUCCUGGAGCAGCAGAACAAGGUCCUGGAGACCAAGUGGAGCCUGCUGCAGGAGCAGGGCACCCGGACCGUGAGGCAGAACCUGGAGCCUCUCUUCGAUGCCUACAUCAACGACCUCCGGCGGCAGCUGGACAGCAUCACCAACGAGCGGGGCCGGCUGGAUGCUGAGCUGAGGAACAUGCAGGACGUUGUUGAAGAUUUCAAAGUCAGGUACGAGGAUGAAAUUAACAAGCGCACAGCAGCGGAGAACGAGUUUGUGGCCCUGAAGAAGGAUGUGGACGCCACCUACAUGAACAAGAUUGAGUUGGAAGCCAAGGUCCACUCUCUGACCGACGAGACCAACUUCUUCCGGAUGCUCUUCGAGGCGGAGCUGGCCCAGAUGCAGACCCAGGUCAGCGACACGUCCGUGGUCCUGUCCAUGGACAACAACCGCUCCCUGGACCUGGACAGCAUCAUCGCCGAGGUCAAGGCCCAGUACGAGGACAUCGCCAACCGCAGCCGGGCCGAGGCCGAGUCCUGGUACCAGACCAAGUACGAGGAGCUGCAGGUGUCCGCGGGCCGGCACGGCGACGACCUCCGAAACACCAAGCAGGAGAUCUCGGAGAUGAACCGCAUGAUCCAGAGGCUGAGAGCCGAGAUCGACAACGUCAAGAAGCAGUGCGGCAGCCUGCAGACGGCCAUCGCCGACGCGGAGCAGCGCGGGGAGCUGGCCCUCAAGGACGCGCGGGCCAAGCUGGUAGACCUGGAGGAGGCCCUGCAGAAGGCCAAGCAGGACAUGGCCCGGCUGCUGCGCGAGUACCAGGAGCUGAUGAACGUCAAGCUGGCCCUGGACGUGGAGAUCGCCACCUACAGGAAGCUGCUGGAGGGCGAGGAGUGCCGGCUGAGUGGAGAAGGCGUUUCUCCCGUUAACAUCUCCGUGGUCACCUCCACCAUGUCCAGCGGCUACAGCGGUGGCAGCAGCCUGGGAGGGCCCGGCCUGGGUCUCUGCGGAGGCAGCAGCUACUCCUUUGCGCCCGGCAGCCACAGCAGCCACAGCCUGAGCGCGGGCCUGGCAGGCCCCGGCUUUAGCGCCAGCAGCUGCCGCAGCCUUGGGGGCGGCGGCUCCAGCGUCAAGUUCGUGUCCACCACGUCGUCCAGCCGGAAGAGCUUCAAGCACUGA